AUGAUUUGCAUUGAUUGGGUGGCUGAUCAGCGUUUUGCUCCUUGCUGCCGCUUGUCCUCCACUUCGAUUGCCGCACAUUUCUCCUCAUUUGUUUGCCUGUGCGAUCGGCGCUUCGAUUGCCGCUGUGACCUUGUCUCCUUAUUUGUCUCCCCGCUUGUCCCUCCACUUGUCUCCCUAUCUCACUUGUUUGCUUGUGAUCAACGUUUUGUUCCUGUGGCCUUCUCCCCCAAUUAUUUUUUCCACGACCAGAUGUGUGGAGCCACGUGCUCUCAUAGAAGCUCUGAUGGGAUUUAUUUUCGUUAUAUUGAUGUUUAUUUUAUUGUUCCAGGUGCGUUCUUAGAGUGGCAUGCCGGUGUAAUUUUGUACAUAUUGUUGUCAUCUCCGGAGGUUGCUGUGGCCUCAAUCAGUUGCAAGAUUUGCAAGCACGAGGUGGACGAUCUUGGAAACAUUGCCAGGAUGGCCAGCGUUUUGACCGGCAGGGCCUGA